ACCAGUGUCUUGUUGGACAUUGAACACCAAUCGAACUUGCCACCAAGCACUACUCGACCACAAGCAGUCUGAUAUGCCUCGCGUGACAGAUGUGGUGACUUCUGACUCGGAUGCGGACAAGCCACGCGCGACACUAAAGAAAGACCAUUCUUCCAAGAAAAACCGAGUGUCCUCAGAGCCUGAGCCCGCGUCAGAGAAUGAAGAGGAUGAAGUGGCUCCUGGAGAAGAGAACGGCGAGCAGGAAGAGGAGUAUGAGAUCGAGGACGUCAUCGACUCCCUAAAAGGUUAUUUUGGUGAUGGCAAAACGGGCUAUUUCGUGAAAUGGAAAGGUUACCCCCCGGAGGACAACAGCUGGGUGCACGAGGAUGAUGCAGCCAAUGCGCAGGACCUCAUCAAGAAAUAUUGGGAAAACAAGCGUAAAGCUAGCAAAGGUGGUCCCCGCAAGUCCACAGAUCCUGCCAAGACCAAAUCCGGCCGUAAAUCAAUCGCGGCAGAGGAGCCUCGAGAGCCCACACCUCCCGCGAAGAAACGUAGUAGGCCGAAGAAAGCGGAGCAGGAGCAGUCAGAGAAGGAGCAAGAAGCAAGCAGCGAUGCCGACGAUGCUAGAGCAAAGAAAAAGCCGCGAAAGAGUCAAGGAGCUUCUGCGAAGAAGGUCAAUAUACAGCUGGCUGAGGAUGAAGAGAUGGUCAGUUUCGGUAGCAUGAAGAAGCACAUGACUAUUGCUAGUUGGGAGAAUCUUGUCGAGACCGUCGACACGAUCGAACGCGGAGAGGACGGAAACCUCUUUGUGUACUUCAAAAUAAAGCAUAGCGACGACCGAAUGCGAGAGGUUUCUCGACUUUGUGCCCAAAAGUUCCCUCAGAAGCUCAUCAAAUUCUAUGAGUCCAAUUUGCGAUGGAGGAUUGAUGGCGAAGAGGCGAAUUGACGCCGUCGCCGUAUACGACGCAGCGGCAUCCAACCGGAGCUCCUUGUUUUGUUUUGCUCAUUGCUUUAUCUCGUUUCACACAUACCAAACACGACUGAAUUUGUUAAUCGCGUCCCAGUCCAGAUUCACAUGUCCAAACUUAAUGGAAUAUGACAUUACGCAUUUCCAGGAUGCUCCAACCAUUGAGA